AAACAAUGGAAUUCCUUUCAACGUCUACCCGUCAGCACUUGAGCGUGCUGUUUUUGGUCACGUUGUUCUCAACAACGAUGGACCUCCGCAAUGUUACAGCAGUGCGCAUGCAGCCUACUUUAAGCGAAGAUUCGAAAGCCGUGCAGGAAGCUACAGAAGCUGCUGGAGGUUUGGAGGAAGACAGGCAACCUCUGAAGAAAGGUGCUGAUUCGGCAGGGAAAUUCUCAUUAGACGAACGCGAACUAACCUCCGAGACUUCCAUUGCGGAUUUGGAGGUCAAGAUGGG